ACUCGGUUAGUUCAGCGGGUUUGUGGACAGUGCGACAAUCAUUUUACCAGCGUUUUUGCAAUUUACUAUUAAUAUUCAGGGGAACCGGGAUAGGUGGAGAUGGCGGCCGUCCUGCUGCAGGUUCUGGAGCGGACAGAGCUGAAUAAACUCCCGAAAGGAGCCCAGAACAAGCUCGAGAAGUUUGUUACAGAGCUGCAGAAUGCUAACGAGGCGCUCAGGACGCAGCACGAGCGCUUCAAAGCAGACAGCGAACAGCAGUACUUUGACCUUGAGAAGAGACUGGCUGAGAGUCAGGAGCAGAUCCUGUCUGCCACCAGAGACCUGCAGACACUCGUGGAGGAAAAAAAAAAACUCAAUGAAGAGCUGAGCACUCUGAAGGGAAUUGAGGCAGAGGCCCCUGAAGAUAAAACACCACAACAGCAAACCAAGGCCAAGUAUGAGAUUGAGGCGGAGAAGAGAGAGCUGGCGAGGCUGCUGGAGAAGAGAACACAGGAGGUGGAAAACCUCUCUGAGGAUGUGAAGCGUCUGAAUGAGAAGCUGACAGAGACCAGUAAGGUGAAGAUGGAGCUGCAGCUAAAACUGGACAAUAUACAGUCAUCUGAAGCUUCUGUACAGCACCGAGAGACGCGUAUGGAGCAGGAGAAAGAGUUGCACGAGAAGAACAUCUCGUGGUUAACAGAACAGCUGAAGACCAAAACUGAAGAGCUGCUGAACACCAACAGAGAGAAAGGCAAAGAGAUACUGGAACUGCAGGGAGGUCUGAAGAACACCAAGGAGCAGGUGACCAGACUGGAAAGACAGCUGACCUCUCUGAAGCAGACCAGGGAAAGCCAGAGUAAAAGAGCUGACGAUCUGAACAACAAACUGAAGCAGUCUAAAGACGAGCAGAGUGCCAUGGAGCAGAAAUACCGCAGUGAACUCAACGCUCACAUGAAGCUGUCUUCUCUUUACAAGGGGUCAGCGGCAGACACGGAGGCAAAGAAUCAGGAACUGAGCAGAGCUGUGGAGGAGCUCAGCAAGCUGGUCAAAGACAGCGGGGAAGCCAAUAAGGCUCUAGAGAAGAAGGUGUCUGAGGGAGAAGAAGUGAAGACGCGGCUUGAGGCAGAGCUCAGUGAGAAGCUCAAGAAAAUGGAGAAAGAGCUGGAAAACGCCACGAUGAAGGCCGCUGGCAAACACUGCUGUGUGCCCUCUCUGACUGACGAGCAGCUGGAAGCCAUGUGUCCGUCAGCUGCCAACAUCGCUGCCAUCGUCAAGCCCGGCAUGAAGUUCUUUGAUCUGUAUAAUGCGUAUGCAGAGUGUCAGACACACCUCCAGCUGGAGAAGCAGGAGACCUGCAGAGUGAACAGAGUUCUGGACGAGAUCAUCAUGGAGGUGGAGUCCAAGGCUCCAGUCCUGAAGCGUCAGAGGGAGGAGUACGAGAGCAUGCAGAGGUCCAUGGCUUCACUGUGCUACAAGCUGGAGCAGGCCCGGAAGGAGAUCUACAGUUUGCAGAAAGAGAAAGAGGAGGCCAAGCAGCGCUGUGAUUCCAUAGAGAGAGAGAAACAGAGGAUAGAUAGGCAGCUUGAGGAUACAUCUACACAGGUGUGUACUCUUCUGGUGCAGCUGGAGGAAGCUAGGGGUAACGAGGUGACCAAGGACGACGGCAGCUCCUCUAACUUCUCCAGCCCCUCGGAGGUCACCAGUCCGCUGUCCUUCCGCAGCGUGGAGGAGCUGCAGAAGCAGAACCAAAGCCUGCUGGGAAGGCUGAGGGAGCUGGAGGAGGAGAAGGACCUCCAGAAGAGCCAAGCCACAUCAGCGCGUGUGUCCGAGUUGGAGGCGAGUGUGGAUAAGCUUCUGAAGGAGGUGGAGCAGCUAAGGGAGCAGAGGAACCAGCAGAAACAGCUGGCUGACUCCAACGCCCGGCAGAGGGACAUGUACAAGGCCCUGCUGACUCAGAGCACCGGCUUCAGCCUGCCCCCCCAAGGUCUGGAUUCUCCUUCUCAACCUGCACCUGUUAGGCCGUCAGUUCCUGCUACUCGCUCUACUCCUCAGAGAGUUGCUGCUGCUGAGUCAGCACAGACUGCUCAGACUAAAGCUGCCUUAAAACAGCUGAAUGACGCCUUCACUCUGUAUAAGAAGGAGAAGGCAGAGAACGACAGGUUGCUGAAUGAAACCAACGACCGGCUGCAGAAGCAGCUCACUGAUCUCCGCUCCAGCCACGCCAAACUCACCUCUCAAAUUGAGUUCAGCAGCAAGAGGUACGAGAUGCUCCAGGACACCGUGUCAGCCCAACGCAGAGAGAUCUCCGCUCUACAGGACAGGAACCAAAAGAUGGCUGCCACUGCCCAACGGCACGAGCAAAUCAUCCACACCAUGAGCCAGGACCUGCGGCAGGCUAACGAGAAACUGGCGCUGGAAGAGGUGCGUGUCGAGAACUUGACGAAAGAGAAAGACAUGUUGAGACAAGCAGAGAGUCGACUCAAUAGAGAGAAGGAAUCUAUUCUGGUGGAGCAACGCAACCAGAACCUGCUGCUGACCAACCUGAAGACCAUACAGUUGACGAUGGAGCGUACAGAGACAGAGACUCGCCAGAGACUGAACAACAAGGUGGAGCAUUUGGAGGCAGAACUGGCUGCAAUGAAGACCAAGCAGGACCAGGAAGUAGCACAGAGACACGCCCUGGGGCGCACCAUGGACGCUCAGUUAUUAGAGGCUAAAAAGCAGCUGGAGACCCAGAACACCUUGCAGCAGAAGACCAGGGAGUUGUUGCGCAGCUCUGAGCAGCAGGUGGCAGCACUGAGAGCUCAGCUGGCUGCUGCUGCUGCUGCUGCUGCUCCAUCCUCUGAGGCUGCCCCCCCCUCCAGCAGCACCCCCACCACCCCAGCUACCAGAGCUGCAGGCCUCAGAGCUCCACUCAGAGUGCGCUCUCCAGUGCCAGCAGCCUCGCAGCAGCUCAGCCAAUCAGAGCAGGAGCUUGCAGAGGCGAUGGGUCUCCUGCGUACUGCAGAGGAACGGAACAGAGAACUAACAGAGCAGCUGGAGAAUGCAAAUGCUAGGGUUGAGCAGUACAGGGCCGUGGUGCUGACUCUGGAGGACAGUCUGAAGAAAGAAAAGGAGUCUCGCUCCCCUCUGGAGCUCCGGCUGAAGGAGUCUGACGAGGUUCAGAAGCAGCUGGAGAAAACCAUCUUGGAGGCUGAGAAGAUGAAGCAGCAGGAGAGAGAAGAGAGGAGAAAGGCUGUGGAUGCUGUGGAGAAACAACUGUGUGAGGUGCAGCGCUGCCUGAAGUCCAGCCAGACGGAGCAGCAGGAGGCGCUGGAGAGAGCUGCUGCUGCUGUCACUAAGGAGCAGAGAGCCAUACAGGAGAGCCUGCUGCAGACUAAGCUAGCUGGAGAGGCGCAGGCUAAGUAUGAGAGGGAGCUCAUGCUUCAUGCUGCGGACGUGGAGGCCCUGCAGGAGCUGAAGAAAAGAUCCCAGCAGGAUGGAGCACGGAAGAGAGAGCUGGAGGAGCAGCUGAACAAGACCUCGUCCCUCCUGCAGCAGAAAACUGCAGCUCUGAACUCAGUGGAGAGGCAGCUCAAGGAGGAUCUGUCCAAUCAGAGGCGUCGCUGUGAGGAGUUGGGGAAGCAGAACGCCCUCCUGCACCAGCAGAUGGGUGAGAUGGCCACCAGGAGUCGUGGGCUGCAGACCCCCCGGCAGCAGCUCGACCUGUCCUUCAGUGAGGAGGGGAAGACCACCGAGCAGAUCCUGGAAAUACUCAGGUUUGUUCGGCGUGAUAAAGAGAUCGCUAUGGCUCAGUGUGAGGCGUCUGAUGAAGAAGCUCAGCGCUAUAAACAGCGAGUGGAACACCAGGACAGAGAACUGAAGGAGCUGCAGGAGGCUCUGAACUCUGAGAGGGAGAAGAUGCAGGUUACAGCCAAGACUCUGGCCCAGCAGGAGGAGCAGCUGAAGAAGAUGGAGACCAUCAGUGCUCUCCAGGAAACCGUCAGGAUGCUGAACGCAGAGAAGGACAAACUGGAACAAGAGAUGCAGCAGGCGCAGGCUAAAGUUAAGAAGCUGCAGUCAGACAUCAGCCCGCUGCACCAGUCUCUGUCUCUGCUGUCGGAGAAGAACGGCUCCAUGCAGGCCGACAAGAGGAUCCUGGAGGAGGACCUCAAACGCUGGAAGGCCAAAACCCAGGUAACUAAUCCACAGCAGAAAGACGGGGACGUGGAGGAGAGACAGAAACUGUCCACUGAGAGAGAAGCUCAGCAGAGACGCAUCACACAGCUCGCUGAGGAGACGGCCAAGCUGAAGACUGAACUCGCAAGAUCCAGCGCCAGCGGGAACUCGGCUCAGUCUCAGCUGCAGGCCUUCAGAGACUCGGUGGCCCGUCUGACGUCAGAGAGAGACACUCUGAAGAAAGACCUGGAGACGAAGAACAGUGACAUCCUGGAGAGGAACCGGACCAUCACUCAGGAGAAGAUUGGACGGCGCUACAAGACGCAGUAUGAGGAGCUGAAAGCCCAGCAUGACAAGAUGGUUGGGGAAACUGCUGUUAAAGCAGGAAGUGAGGCGGGUCCGAGCCAGGAAGUGCAGGAGCUGACUAAAGCCCAGGAGGAGCUCAACAAGGCCAGAGAGGAGCUGAGCACACUGAAAGAGGAGGCGCAGAAAAAAGUGGAGGAGGACCAGAAGGGCCAGCAGGAGCUGGAGGAAGCCAAGAAGGAGAACCAGCAGACCAAGGAUAAGUUCCAGGAGGUCCAAAACCAGCUGACCCAGAAACAGAACCAGCUUACACAGGUCCAGUCCCAGUUGUCCCAGAUCCAGACUCAACAGCAGCAGAAUCAGAACCAGCUGACCCAGAGUCAGAAAGAGCUUCAGCAAGCCAAGACCCACAGCCAGCAGUUCCAGAACCAGUUGAAAGCAGCUCAGUCUCAGUCUCAGGCCCGGCAGAACCAGAUUCAGCAGAUCCAGAGGGAGCUCCAGCAGGCUAAAGAGGCCCUUCAGCAGAACCUGGUUAAUCAGAAGGAGCUACAGCAGACCAAUCAGAGCAGUCAACAGAGCCACAACCAGGAAGUCAGCAACCUCAAGACUGCUCUCAGCCAAUCAGAGUGCAAGGUGACUGAGAUUCAGGGCCGCCUGGACAGCCUGCAGAAGAUGGUUGAAGAGCGUGAAGCCGACAUCAAGCGUCUGCAGGAGCAGCUAACUGAAGCUAACAAAGCUAACCGAGCAACGCAGGCCUUCCAGAACCAGAGUUCCCAGUCCAUCCAGGCCAGUGAUGCUAACGUUGCUUCUGACGCUAACCAUGCCCAACAAGAGGAGCUUGCAAAACUCAGACAAGAGAUGUCUGAAAGCAAGGCCAGAGAGGAGCAGCUCAAAAAGCAGAUAGCUGAAAAAGAGGAAAAGACUAAAAAGGUCUUCAUGGGAGCCAAGACCAAAAUCAACCAACUAAACAGUGCUAAGGUGCAGCUCAGUAAGGAGAUAGAGGAGAUGAAACAGAGUAAGGAGGAGCUGGAGGUGAGGAUGAACGCCCUCAAGUCUCAGUAUGAAGGACGACUUCUGCGGCUGGACAGAGAGCUGAGAGAACUGAGAGGGACACAGGCACAGUCGGACCCCCGAGAGGAGCCCCAGGACCAGAGUGGAGCUAAGGCGGGGGAUCAGGCCAGACCUGCAGACCAGAGACAGAUCUCUCUGAAGAGUCCUGCUCAAGACCGGGGAAGCUCCAGCCUGUCCGACCCCCCCACUGCCAACAUCCGCCCCACCACAAGUACUCCAUCUCCUAGCAACAAGCCAAGCCCCUCCCAAGGUAGCAAGUCCACACCUCGUGCCAGCAUCCGGCCAAUGGUUACCCCAGCAACUGUGUCCGUCCCAACACCUACCGCCACUGUCAUGCCGACCACACAGACUGACAGUCAAGAGGUGCUGAUGGGUGCAGGAGCCACUGUGCACUCCACCAGCUCCAGUCUGGUGAACACACCCACUUCAAUGACUCAGCCAACCAGCACCCAGGCCACAGCUUUUGUCCAGCCCACCCAGCAGCAGGCAGCCAAUCAGGACGCAGGCCCCAGUAUGGAUGCAGAGAGACCAUCUACGUCCUCUUUUCUGAGUGGAACAGCAGGUUCAAAGCGAAGCAUAGAGGAUGAGGACGGGGAAGAGGAGAACACGUAUCCGACCUUGAAAAAAACAAAGAUAGCACUGCAGAUGGAAGGUGAUGAGGAGAUUGUAGAAGAGCUGCAGGACGAGGAAAAGCGUCAGGAUUCACCUGAUGACAGUCAGGAGCUUCCGGACGAUUGUUUCCCCGUUCUAGCUGAAGAUGACGAGGAUGUGGAGAGAGUGUCCCAGUCCGUCCCCUCUGACAUGAUGUCCCCUCAGGGCUCCACUAUUAUCCGGGACGUCAUCGUGAUCGACACGGACAGCGAGAGCCGUGAGAGUAGAGAGGGGGAGGAGAAGCAUGAUGACGAGGAGGAGGAAGAUGAGGAGGAAGAGGAGGAAGAAGAUGACGGGUAUAAGGAGGAAGAGGAUGAUGAUGAAGAUGAUGAGGCUGGUGAGAGCGGGAUGAGAGGAGGAGAGGAAGGCAGUGAGAGCAGGGAGGCAGAGGAGGAGGAAGGAGAGCCGUCAGAAGUGUGUGGAGCGUCUUCAGACUCGCAGCAGCCGUCCCACAGCAAUGAAGGCAGCAGCAGCGCCACAUCGGAGUCCGAGCCCCCCCGAGAGCCUGUGCACUUCCCCCCAACCUCCUCUACACCCUCCCCCUCCUCCCUCACCCCCCGCCUGCCACACCCACGCAGGCCCCCUCACCCCCUCCCACCAAGACUCUAUAUCCAACCCCCGGUUCAAGAGCUGGGACCCCCACACACACAGAGACAGUCCUCUCAGCUGCGCAGACCCUCAGUGGGACGCGGACCUCAGCUCACCCCGGGAAUAGGCAGCAUGCAACAUUUCUUUGAUGAUGACGACAGGAUGGUUCCCAGUACUCCCACCCUGGUGGUCCCACACCGCACCGAUGGCUUUGCUGAGGCCAUACACUCUCCUCAGGUGACGGGUCUGUCCACCAGGUUCAGGUUCGGACCCCCAGAAGACCUGCUGCCUCAGACCUCAGCCUCGCACUCUGACCUGGGACAGCUGGCCUCGCAAGGAGGUCUGGGGAUGUACGAGUCCCCUCUGUUCCUGGCUGCUCACGAUGAAGACGGAGGAGGGAGGAGCGUUCCCACCACCCCCCUGCAGGUGGCUGCACCAGUGACCGUCUUCACGGAGUCUCUGCCCUCAGACAGUGGUGACAACAUGGCAUCCCAGUCGGUUCCCAUGGUAACCACCUCCACUGGGAUGGCGUCUGCUGCAGAUGAUGGGGACGAAGUGUUCAUGGAGCAGGAGGGAGAGGGUGCUGGUAUUGAAUCUUCUCUGGACAGCCAGACAGACCUGGAGUCAGCAGGUCAGCAGAGUGAUGAUGCUUCACUGCCCUCUACCAGCCAGGAGCCUGACACCAGCAGUGCAGCUCAGCGGCGCACAGUAAGUGGUGUGAUGAGCAGAGGAACCAGGGGGGGGAGGAUGGAGGCGCGCACGCUGCUCAGCCGCAGAGGCACUUUCUUUCGAGGAGGAAGGGGAGGGGCCAUGGGCAGAGGGGGCUUGGCCUGAUGAUGAUGAUGAUCCAGUUCAGUUGUGUUUAUUCUUGAUUAUUUUGUUAGUAUCUUCAUGUUGCUCUGUAGACUGUUAAUAAACUUGUAAUAAUAAAGCUGAAUAAUGAUAAGCA